CCACGUGACGUCAUUUCCAUCUGCGCCAUUACCCGCCGUUCCCUUUGUUAGGACGAGUAGAAAAGCCUCGCACGCGUCUUCAGCAUCAGUCUCCUGCAUCGGCCGUUUGAAUUCUCCGAAGAAGCCCCAUAAACCGCGAGCAACAUGGAUGUGAAUAACAGCAACAAUAAGCGAAAGAACAGCGCCGGGGAUAGUAAAUAUCUGCCGGAGUUACUGGCGGAAAAAGACAGCCUGGACUCUUCAUUCACGCACGCCAUGAAACUCCUGUCUGCAGAGAUUGAGAGGGUCCAGAAAGGUGAACCUAAAAAAGAGUCCGAGACGUAUCUGGAUCUGUUCGCCAAUAAGAACGUAAGGGUGAAAGAGAGAGUGCUCAUUCCUGUGAAGCAAUAUCCUCGGUUCAAUUUUGUGGGAAAGAUUCUGGGACCACAGGGCAGCACCAUCAAACGUCUGCAGGAGGACACCGGUGCGAAGAUCUCCGUGUUGGGCAAAGGAUCCAUGAGAGAUAAGAACAAGGAAGAGGAGCUGAGGAAGGGAGGAGAUCCAAAGUAUGCUCACUUGGCCAUGGAGCUGCACGUGCACAUUGAGGUUUUUGCUCCAAUUCCUGAUUGUUACCUGCGUAUGGCCCAUGCCAUGGAUGAGGUCAAGAAGUUCCUAAUGCCUGUGGAAGGGAUGGAGGACAUGCACCCGGAAGCUUUCAUGGAUCCAGGUUUUCUGAAUGGCUCUCAGGAUAUUCCCGGGCCUGGCAGAGGCCUCCCUCCUGGCCGUGGCCGUGGUGGCCCACCACCCCCAAUGGGCCCUAGGGGUCGUGGAAUGCUGCCUCGUGGAGCACCACGUGGAGGAGCUCCAAGAGGAGGUCCAGGACGUGGAGCUGCAGCAAGGGGAGCCCCAGCAGGACGCGGAGGUCCACCACCCCCUACGCAAUCCAGAGGAGGAGCAGCUGCUCGCUCAAGACCACCAGCUCCGACUCAGAGGAUGACACCAGCAACCGCUCUCUCUCACCAACAACACGCAGCCAAACCUGAAAGCUACGGCGAAUAUGCAUAUGAAGAACCAUACGCAGAGCCUUCCUAUGAAGGGUAUGAGAGCUACUACAGUCAGCCUGCUCCACAGCCAGACACAGAGUAUUAUGAUUACGGUCACGGAGAGGCACAAGAAACCUACGAGUCUUACACUGAAGAUGACUGGGAAGGUGGUGCUUGGGGCGGCACCGGUGGAAAGGCUCCACCUGCCCGUCAGGGCAAAUCGUAUCGGGAGCAUCCAUAUGGCAGAUACUGAAAGCUGUCCGUCACUACGGUUGCCUGGCAACUUCCUCCCCUCGUAACCUCUUGUAACCUCCUAAAGUAAUUCUAGUUGUUAUUUUUGUAUUCUGUUUCGGUUAACACUCCUUUUUAAAUAUUCUCAAUCUACUCUUUAAGUAGGAUGAUGACCAUAAGUUCGACGUGACUCAUUUUAGAUUUGCAAUUAUAUGCUGUGCUUAUUCUCUUUGCAUUUCUGUUUUAUAAAUUGUUUUGCUGUUUUUGUUCUUAUUUUAAAAAUUUUUUUUUUUUUUUUUUUUUUCCCUUCUCUGAAAAAGUUGCUACCUGAAUGCUAGAUAAUUAGCUGAUGGCCAUGUGUAAAAUUACUUGCUAAAAAAUGAAAAAACAUGCCUGUUAAUGUCACUUAGACUUAUUCCAAACGCGCUUUUGUAAGGCAUAACAACAACAAAAAAAAUCAAGGAAUGCACAAAAAUACUAGUUCCUGUACAAAUCAAUCUUUUUGCUUACUUUUCAAGUAACAAAUUCCUUUUGGUUUGAGGUUAUUUUAUUGUUUGAAAAUCUCGUAAAAAUUAAAACUUCGCAUCUGCUGAUUCGUUUUGUUAAAUGAGCGAAACCAAUAUCGCAAAGUUUGUAGCUUAGAAUUACUUGUAGUCAGAUAAAAGUACAACCCUCUCAAAUCUUUGUACAAUACUCAACUAUUAGAAACCUUGUUUUUUUUGGUGUUUUAUAGACUUGCAGUUUCCGAAAUAUUAGCAAACUUGUGUGCAUUUCCUAACUAGGAAACUAAAUAUGUCCAAAAUGUGUCCCUAUCAGUUUGUCAAUAAAGCAUAGUUUUCUUUUACAGCCUUCAAAA